CAGUGUGAUGCGCUUGCAGCAUUGGUGAGUGGGUGAAGUGGAGUAUAGGCGUAUAGGUGUAUAGGUCACUGCACAGCCUGAAGAAUUGACCAAAAUAUUGAUUAGGCAUCAAGAACAACCAUGCGAGCGCCACUGGGUGUUUUGGUGUGUUCCCUGGCUGUACUCUCUGUCCAUGGUCUCUACUCUGCCAGUGAUGAUGUGAUUGAACUCACCCCCUCCAAUUUUAACAGGGAGGUCAUACAGAGCGACAGCAUCUGGCUGGUAGAGUUUUAUGCCCCUUGGUGUGGUCACUGCAAGAACUUGGCUCCUGAAUGGAAGAAAGCUGCCUCAGCUUUGAAGGGCGUUGUGAAGGUGGGUGCUGUGGAUGCAAACCAGCACAACUCACUGGGAGGCCAGUAUGGGGUCCAAGGCUUUCCAACUAUCAAAAUUUUUGGAGCUAACAAACACAAACCAGAGGAAUACCAAGGUGGGCGUAGCAGUCAGGCUAUUGUAGAUGCAGCUCUGAAUGCUCUCCGCUCCCUAGUCAAAGACAGACUUGGUGGGAAGACUGGAGGUUCAGACUAUGGCAGACAGAGCGGAGGUGGUAGCGCUGGCAAUAAGAAAGAUGUGGUGGAGUUGACUGAUGAUAACUUUGAUCGAACUGUGCUGGACAGCGAUGAUGUCUGGAUGGUAGAGUUCUUUGCUCCCUGGUGUGGACACUGCAAAAAUCUUGAGCCCGAAUGGACAGCAGCUGCCACAGAAGUCAAUGAGCAGACAAAGGGGAAAGUGAAACUGGGUGCUGUGGAUGCUACUGUCCACCAGGGCUUGGCAAGCCGCUAUGGGAUUCGAGGCUUCCCCACCAUCAAGAUCUUUCGUAAAGGAGAGGAUCCAGAGGACUAUCAGGGGGGACGUACCCGAUCUGACAUCAUUGCUCGUGCCCUGGACCUCUUCUCUGACAAUGUCCCUCCUCCAGAUCUUCAGGAGAUUUUGAAUGAAGAUGUCUUAAAGAAGACCUGCGAUGACUACCAGCUGUGUAUUAUAGCUGUGCUGCCUCACAUUCUAGACACAGGUGCGUCCGGAAGAAAUGGUUACCUAGAGGUUAUGAUGAAAAUGGCAGAGAAAUACAAGAAGAAGAUGUGGGGUUGGUUGUGGACUGAAGCAGGGGCUCAGAUGGAUCUGGAGGCUUCUCUUGGGAUCGGAGGAUUUGGCUAUCCUGCCAUGGCAGCCAUUAAUGCUCGCAAGAUGAAGUUCGCUCUGCUGAAGGGUUCCUUCAGCGAGACAGGCAUCCAUGAAUUCCUCCGAGAACUUUCUGUUGGCCGUGGUUCCACUGCUACAGUGGGAGGAGGAGCUUUGCCUAAGAUCAACAGUGUAGAGCCCUGGAAUGGGAAAGAUGGAGUGCUGCCUUUGGAGGAUGACAUUGACCUGAGCGAUGUGGAUCUGGACGAUUUCGGGAAGGAUGAGUUAUGAGCCCUAUACCGUGGAGAGCCUGGUCUAAACUCCUCUAGACUACUAAUACCCAAACAAUACCCAUGUCUUCUCUCCCAUGGAUGAGAGGAUGGUUGGGACACAAAAUUCCUUAAGACUCCAGAAAAGAUACAAAUAAAGCAAAUGGUUGCACAGCUUUUUUUAAAAACAUCUUCCUAUUAGUUUAAAAAUGAGGCAUUGUUGAUACAUCAUAGUAGAGCUAUUCAGGAUAGUUCACCCAAAAAUGAGAGUUCUAUCAUUUACUUGCCCUCACAUUGUUCGAAACCCAUAUGAUUUUCUUCCGUGGAACUCAAAAGGAGAAUGUUAGCUGUAGUCACCAUUCACUUUCAUUGCAAUUUUUUCAUACAAUUAAAGUAAAUGGUGACUGAGACUAACAUUCUCCCUAACAUCUCCUUUUGUGUUCCACAGGUUUGGAGCAACGUGAGGGGGUGUAAAAUACUGAAUUCAAGUUUUUAGGUGAACUAUACCUUUAACAUUUGAUUUGGUGACUGAUUGAAUCUUUCAAUCAGCAGGUUGAGCCAGAAUGUGAUUGUCUGAUUAUUUUCUCUGUCCAAUCACUUGUUGCAAGCACACUCAGCUGAAAGCAGAUGUCACACAGAGGUUCUUCAUAGGACGCUUUUGCAAACUGUUUAAGAAACACAGUUUUCUGUAAUAUCUGUUUCAUAGACAAUAUUGACUAGGUUUAAUCUGAUGAUUCUGGCAAUAUAGGCUACAACGGUCACCUCUAAGCAGUGUGACGAUUUAUGUAACUUUUCCAUAAAUUCAGCAUGUCCUUUCCUACGGAGAAAUGUCAUUUUGACCCAAGUUGAAAUAAGCAUAGAAUUAUUUAUUUUUUUCACAAUUUCUCCCGCUGAUGUGACAAAUGUUUUUUUUAUUUUUAUUUUUUUUUUGGCUAUUUGUUUUUAAAUGUGUUACUGAAGUCAGCCAACGUGUAUCCAAAUUUGCCUAUUUAUUUGAUGUGCUGGACAGGGUGUAAUGUGGGCAUCGUGUAGAUUUUUCUUACACAGCUUUGUUUUGAAAAACAAGAUGUUUUUUGUUAUGAAAAUAAAACAAAAGUAAUAAAUUGGCUAGAUUUUAUUACAGCCCUGUGACAGUUUACAACUCAAUCUUAUCCACACUAUUGAGCAGUUCUUACCAAUAUUCAUAUGUUUUCAAGUGGACCCCAGUGACUUAAAUGGCUUAUGAAUCAGUGGUUUAUUAUCCAUGCAGACAAGUACGCUGUUCAGUUGUAAAGAUCCAACGUUUAGAUUUGCACUGAUGCUUUGGCUUCACAAAGAUAUGUCUGGACAUCCCAUUCCCAGCUACAGUAAAGACAACAUUACUGUCUCAAAUUGCUUAUAGCACAAUUACUACUAUACAAAAUUAAAAAUGACUCGUCUAAUAUAUCCAGUACAAAUGUAUGGUUUGGCAUUUCAUUUCAACUAUCAUAAAACAAGGCAUUUUACACAGAGCUUUUUGAAGCACAAAAAUACUUCCAUGCAACAGUGAAAAUUUAGAGCAUUAUCUAAUAAGCAUGAUUGUUAAUAGUAAAAAAAAAUUCAUUCUCUGCAUUAACACAAAGAACUUGGAGAAACUAAGUUACAUUCCAUGCAGCUACAUACACAAGAGCAUCUGUACUAUUUAUAUUGACACUGGACUAGAGAAAGGACUAGGAGAAACUAACCACCUCUCUGC